ACCAAUCCUAAAAUCUCUCAAUAAAACCACUCAUCUGAUAGCCCUUUCCUCUCCAAACACUGAAUCUCAAACAAAAGUUGGAAUCGGAAUCGGAAUCCCAACUGAAAACGACUUCGUUUCUUCCUCUUCUCCUAAUCCAUCUAUUAAAUACCUACUUCUCUCGCUUUCUUUUCUUGUCUUUUUUCUGAAUCAAUGGGCUCUUCCUCCCCUUGUUCUUGAUCCUUCUUUUUAAACAGCAAGUCUUCUUUUUGAUUUCAUAUUAUAAUUCAUAGAACGAUCAAAGAGAAGACUUGUUUUGCUUGUCCCCCGCCCCCCCACUCUUUUUUUGUUGGCAAGGGUUAAUAGAAACAAUCACAAAUGGGUUUGAUAUUCGAAUCCGUUCAGGACGACGACGACCAAGUUUUGUUUCCGCCGGCGAAUUUUUCCAUGGUUGAUGACGGCAUUUACAGAUCUGCAUUCCCUCAACCUUCCAAUUUCUCUUUUCUAGAGUCUUUAAAUCUCCGAUCAAUCAUAUACUUGUGUUACGAACCUUAUCCAGAAGAGAAUAUGCAGUUUCUUCGUGAUCAUAACAUCAAACUAUUUCAGUUUGGAAUUGAAGGAAAAACGGAACCUUCAGUAUCUAUUCCCGAGGAGACUAUCAUGAAUGCUCUUAAAGUCUUAAUUGAUGUGAGGAAUCAUCCAGUUCUGAUUCACUGCAAACGUGGAAAGCAUCGCACGGGUUGUCUUGUUGGUUGCUUUAGAAAGCUUCAAAAUUGGUGCUUGUCUUCUGUGUUUGAGGAAUACCAACAUUUUGCUGGUGUGAAAUCGAGGAUUACAGAUCAGAAGUUCAUUGAGAGCUUCAAAGUGGUGUGCUUGAGGCAGUGUCUUUACAGCAUUAUCUACCAGUACCAUGGAUUCGGGUCGAACAAGAGGCGUUUACUGUACAGAGAAGAGAAUGUACAGAAGCCCCAGAUCAAGUCCAAUUAAGAACCUCAUUUUAGUUUGGUUACUAACAACAAUCGCCAGUCAGCCACUUCAAAGGCAUAUGUUUCAGACUUAUAGUCUCCAAUUAUACAGUUUCCGUUAUCAAAGCAUUAUCCAUUUGUACUCAUUGUUUCGUGCCUUUCAUUUUUUUUUUUUUUUUCUUUUCCUUUAUUUUUUAACUUUUCAUAUACAAGGGAGAGGAUUGCCACAUUGGCGAUGAUGGAGGUACUAUAGCAUAAUUUCGGGAUUUCAGAUUUAAUCAUCAUAUUUGUAUAUUAUCUGGAAUUCCACCUCAAUUAUAAAUUUCCUCAAUUGUUGGAACCCCAAAUGAUGGGUUUGUCUUUGUAAACGAAACUAUUAGCAAUUAGUAACUUUUUUAUUACUGUUUCA